GACGCACCGAAUCAGAUGUGUCAGGACUUCCACAUGACCAAGAUUGGCAAGAAGGCUCAUUUCGUCUUCGGUUUGGAUGUGGUUGGAGUAGCAGACGGUUGUCGUCUUUGUUUAGCUCGUAGAAGAUGGAGUUCUUGUGUUCAUUGCUAGUUUCCGAUCCCAGCAGCAACCCGAAAUGUAGUGGGCGUACUCGACCGCUGCUAGUGAUAGCAGCACUGCUAGCGAUUGUUUCUUGUGAUCAAGUCGCCUCUCAAACUCCGGGUGCACCGGAUCCUGCCUCGCCGACAGAAGAAUGUCCCAGGAUUCAGAUUGGCUGUGACCCUCACUCUGCAUGCCGUGCACGUGGGGGCGGUCCAGAUGUGGAAGCAGUCGGCCAGCAUCAAGGCAGGAUCUCGUUUGUCUGCUCUGUACUUGGCACGCCGCAACCUGACAUUUCCUGGAGCAGCGACAAUGAGCAGCAGCUCAGCACGCGUACCCUGGGCAGCCUGUCCGUGCUGGAGCUGGAGAGAUUGCGCAGUGAUAUCCACAACACCACAUUCCACUGCCAGGGAACGAACACAUGUGGAACGCGCAAGGCGUCGAUUUUCCUCGGAGUUGGCGGCGUUGCACCGAGUGCACGGGCCGUGACACCGAGGAUUGUACGAUAUGUUGGCGAAUCGGCCACGUUUCGCUGUGACAUCGACGGAUACCCCAGUCCCAUUCGGCACUGGACUAACGUAUUUGAGCAGAGAGUCGUUGAUGACAGCCGAUUCGUCCUGCAGCCAGAUGGGUCUCUGCAAGCAUCACAGCUGACUGUGGAUGACAACGGGGUGUACUUCUGCAGUGGCGAGAACGAGUAUGGACGAUCAUCAGCUAGCGUUAUGCUCACCGUGAAAGGUAGUAUCCCGCUGGUCUUUGCAGUUAUUCCCAAGGUCACCGUCGACUUUGGGACGCCGGCACUGAUGGCAUGCGAGGCAACGGGCACUCCACUGCCGUUCGUCACCUGGUACAGGACUGAGGAUGGCAAGCGAGUUGGAAGCGCCGUCCACGAGGGACAAUUCUUUGCGGUGGAGUCGACGCGCAAGGAAGAUGCCGGUAUCUACAUCUGCAAUGCCACGAACCAAGGUGGAAUAGCGAUUGGCAAAGUGGAACUGGUCGUUAUUGGUGAAAAGCCCACCAGCGACGCUGAUCCGCGAUCAGAGGUUGAUGUUCGCUAUCGUCAGCGUGUAGCGUUGUCGUGUGGCGCAGUGCAGGGCGUACCCACACCACGCAUCACGUGGACAAGUCUUGUCGAUACUCCAUCAUUCAAUCUGAAAGAUCGCGCAACGGAGAUCGGCAGUGAAUUGAUAUUCGAGUCGAUACAGUACGCCGACCGCGGAGUCUUCAUCUGCACCGCCACCAACACGCUGGGCAAUAUCACCGUCCAGAUUGAUAUGAAAAUCUUUGAUGAUGCUAUGAGUGGCCCAGAUCCUGCGCCACAGCACGUGACGAGUGGCUCGGGUGUUGAGUUAGACUGCCAGGCCAGCUCUCCCACCAAUCAACCCAUCUCCUACACGUGGACUUGGUCAAGUCAACGCUCGGACUCCCACAACCUUGCUGGGCCGAUUCCAUAUGGCGCUAGUGUCACAAGGAGUGGGAAGCUGCGCAUCAACAGUGCUAGUCUGGAUCAUGGUGGUGUGUUCUGGUGCAAGGCCGAAGAUGGGGUAGCUGUUCCUCUACGAAGAUCAACCCAACUCUAUAUCUAUGGCGCCCCGGAGGUUCUGCUUGACCAGCCGGAGACACUGUACAUAUCCAGCGGUACAAGUACAGCAAUACCGUGUUACGUGGCCGGCUAUCCCACACCCAAGGUCAGAUGGUUCCGGCACGAUGGCAGGCCUGUACGAUCGCCGCACCGGCAGAGAGGAUCCACGCUGCACCUGCACAGGUUUUCUGCACACGAUGCCGGCGCCUACACAUGCGUGGCCAGUAAUCGAAUCCGAUCGCAGAAGAGAGAAACUUCAAAGACCGUCAACGUUCUACUGGCUGGUGAGCAACCGAGGUUCUUUGGAGAUUCUUUUGCUGCCUACCCGACCAUUCCAUCGGCGUUCAUCAGCUUCUCGUUACUACUGGGAUUCCGCACUGCUUCUCCGGAGCGAUCUCAGCUCCUGCUGUUCAACACACAGUCGGCGAGGGGUAGAGGGAAGAGGGAUUUCGUGGCAUUGUUCCUCCUUGGUGGUCGAGUGCAUGCAGCUGUGGAUGCCGGUCACGGGGCUGUUCACCUGGCGCACUCAGCCAGAAUACGCGCCGGAGCCUGGUACACGGUAUCGAUAAUGAAGAAGCGACGGCAAGUCGUUCUGAAUGUUGGCAGUGGCUCAGCCGUCUCAGCGCGCUUCGCAGGAAACCUCUACGGCUUGAACCUCAAUGAGCCGAUGUAUCUUGGUGGCUAUCCUGAUCUGGCUGCACUGAAGGACAUCACGGCUACAAACAUAGACAGUGGUUUGGUGGGCUGCAUGCAAGGCGUCUCAAUCUCGCAGACUGCGCUGGAUCUACGCGGCGACGUGCAGGCCAGUCACCGCGUCAGCCAGUGCACUGCAUGGUGCGAGGACAAGUGCAGGAACGGCGGUCUCUGCUCAUCGUCUCAGGUCGACAAGGCCAUCAACGAGGUGCGCUGCAGAUGCCGCGCACCCUAUCACGGCACACACUGCGGUAUCGCCGUUGAUAGGCAUCGCUUCUGCACGCUGGACGAAAACACCUGCUCGCAUCGGCAAUGUGACUACAGUCACGAGUGUUGCCGACCACCUGUAUAACACCUGUAUAACACCUGUAUAACUGUAUAACUGUAUAACUGUAUAACGCCUGCGUAAGCCCAAGUUAUCACACAGCGUGGCAGAUUCUUGAAAUCCUGCUCUGGUAAUUCCGGCAUACCCAUUGCUCAAUCACUGCAACUCGUAAAGAGAAGGCACGGGGAACGGGUGACGUUUAGGCUUGAUAUCUUCUGAGAAAGCGGAAAGCACACACUUGUUGACCAUGUGUACUACAAACAUUUGUAUUCCCAUGACCAAAAGUGCCCGGUAGUAACUACUUCAAAGUACAUUGAUUACAAUACCUAUAACUACCUGCAUGACAUUGGUUACAGUACUGAUCUACAUGCACAUGUACACUGUCUACACUGUACUAGCAUACUAGAUACCCAGAGAUGUUGAGCUUUAUACGUCUUUCCAGAAUACCUGUUGACACCCACUACAUGAUGCGUGUGCAUGCAAUAUGACUUGUACUGGCCGCAUCUCGUGCAUAUUGCAAGCCGAUGUAAGACAGUUUCUUUCAGCUUUCUACUACAAGUAUGAUUAUAAUAAAUCAUUCCUCUCUUUUGCAUAAUGGUCUGAGCAUUGCCCCUUCAGCUAUUAUCGUAGACGAUAACUAUUACUCGUAGGUGAUCAUGCAUAUGCUAUGCCCCGGCUUCAGGCUUGCAAAGCUAAACGACAAUAACUUACUUACAGCGUACUGGCAUUGCAGUGUAUGGUCUCCCUGAUCUCAACAUAAAUUUUUUUAAAUUAAUUUUAGUUGCAUCUUUAUGCUAUAGAUACAUACAAAAUUAAUGAUCAUUGCAUUCACAUCAUCAUCAUACAAAGACAUGUAUUGUAAGAAGAGAACUUGAGAUGUAAACUGAA